AAAUCAACAUAGGUACUCGUCCGAUAUGAAAUGUUCUUGAGGCUAUCAUGUAUUGUAUUUAUUUUGUUACACAUGCACUCCUCGAUAAGGUGAGCAGUUAGAAUGUCAACAUCGUUGAGGGCGCAGGAAGUCUAGGAAUAAUCGAUGACGAGUUGGCAAAAACACGUCAGUUGUAAUUGUAAGCUGUCUACAGUUAUGCCCAUGAAUGAUAAGCUAGAUCUGUCAAAAUUACGUCAUUUUGAAACGUAUCCUCAUAUCUUGACUCGUCGUGAUUCUUUGCGCUAGGUGUCCCACUACUUAUUUUAUAUUAUCGUGUACGUCACUACACUCGAUACGAUUUCUUGAUAAUGCGUUACUUACGUGUCCAAUGCGUUACGUAUCAAAUCCCUUUUGAUAACAGUUAAGAAGGAUUAUGCGGCAUUACAUCUUUACAUUUUUAUCUCGCAGGAAUUGCUAUAUUCAGCGGCAAGCAGUGUUACCUCAUGGGUCCAUUGGGUCUAUUUAUGUACAGUUUUCAAAAUUUUCUACAGAGCCACCUCAGAGAAAGAAGACAAACUAUAUUUUUCCUGCAGCAGUGGCUAUCUGUGGCACAACAAUAACAUGGGGUGUUUACAGCUACAUCAGAGGUCGCCAGAAAUUCCAAGAGACAGUUCAUGCAGCAUCACAGCAGUUACCAGGCGAAUACAAGUCAGGAUUGCCUGAAUAUUCACUCGAUGAAGUUGCUAAACAUAAUGAAAAGAGCUCAGGUGUUUGGGUUACAUUUGGCCAUGGUGUCUAUGACAUAACACCAUUUAUUGAGCAGCACCCGGGUGGUGAUAAGAUUCUUAUGGCUGCUGGAGGAUCAUUAGAGCCUUUUUGGGCACUAUAUGCUGUCCACAAGCAACCAAAUGUUCUAGAAAUGUUGGAGGGCUACAGGAUAGGAAAUCUCUCCCAAAGUGAGAGAAACAAUGCAAUGGACAGUGUCAGUGAUCCAUUUGCUUAUGAGCCACGGAGACAUCCAGCCUUAAAGCCAUCCAGCCAGAAGCCUUUCAAUGCAGAGACACCUUUAUCAUUACUAGUGGAGAGCUUCAUAACACCUUCUCAUCUGUUUUACGUACGCAAUCAUUUACCUGUACCUGAUGUUGACCCGUCAACUUAUGAGUUAGAGGUCGAAGGUCUUAAUGCUAAAGGUUUGGUGCUAUCACUUGAUGAGUUGAAGACCAAGUUUCCAAAACAUACUGUCACAGCUGCUGUGCAGUGUGCUGGAAAUCGACGAAGUGAGAUGGCUAAGGUGAAAGCAAUAAGAGGUCUGUCAUGGGGACAGGCAGCUAUAGGUAAUGCAGUAUGGUCUGGUGCAAAACUUGCUGAUGUUCUGAAAGCUGCUGGAUAUAAAGACAAUCAUCCAAAGGCACAGCACGUACAGUUUGAAGGUCUUGAUACAGAUGUUUCGAAUAUGCCAUAUGGAGCAUCAGUACCAUUUGAAAAAGCCAUUGAUCCAAGAAAUGAUGUUCUCCUGGCUUAUGAAAUGAAUGGAGAGCCUUUAUCAAGAGACCAUGGAUUUCCUGUCAGAGUUAUUGUUCCUGGGGUGAUUGGAGCACGGCAAGUGAAGUGGCUGGGCCGUAUCAUAGUUUCUGAAGAGGAAAGUGACUCACAGUGGCAGCAGAGAGAUUAUAAAGGAUUUUCCCCCAGUGUGGACUGGGAUACUGUGGAUUUCAGUAAGUCACCUGCUAUUCAAGAAUUUCCUGUGACUUCCGCAAUCUGUACACCACUGCAAGGCGAGACAGUUUCCCUGGUAAAUGGGAAGCUUGUUGUAAAAGGCUAUGCAUGGUCUGGUGGUGGUCAGAAGAUAAUUAGAGUUGACAUUACAGUAGACCAGGGUAAAACAUGGCACAUUGCUGAAAUAACUGACGAGGAUUCAACUGCCAAAGCACCACGCAAUUGGGCUUGGUCAUUAUGGAAGGCUGAGAUACCAGUACCUCCAAGAACUAAAAAGGUGGAGAUUUGGGCAAAAGCUGUUGAUUCUGGUUACAACACUCAGCCAGAAUCAUUUGAGAAUAUCUGGAAUCUCCGUGGUGUUCUAAGCAAUGCCUACCAUAGAGUGAAAGUAAACAUUAAGUCUUGAAAUUAUUAAAUGUGACUGAAAAUAUGUUCCUAGUAAUUUAAAUAAUGGUGCUAUUUUAUUUUUUCAUAUCAAUCUGUUAUUCACUAAUAAUGCAGCAAUUUUAUUUAUAAUGUAACUGUAUAAAUGCUGUAAAAUGCAGCAAAGAUCGUUCAAACUAGAUCUGUAUCAUAAUAAAUAAGUUACCAUUGA